GAGAUUGGCUCAGGGACAGGGGGGGGGUUGCCGACCGGCGGCGGGGAAAGAAGGCUUUCAGAGCGCGGACGGCGGCGGAGAAGGGCCAUGAUUCCUCGGAUGGCGAUGUUAGCCCGGCGGGGGCUUUUGGGGGGCGGUUCGGGCGGUUGCCUCGUUGCCGCGUCCCACCGUUUGCAGACAGGCAUCCAGAGGUUAGGACCAGAUUUGACCGAGGUACCAACUGAUGAGCCGGACGUGGAGACCUCGCCUGACUUCAGCUAUCUCCCCCCUGCUCCAGGAAAAGAGAGUUCUCUGCGGUGGGAUGGGAUGAAAUAUGAAGAAAUCCCAAUUUGCUACAUCAAAGCUACGUAUAACAACACACACAUCCAGGUUCGGACCCCAGACAACGCUGGCGUGUGUCUCGCUACCUGCGGCACCGAAGGCUUCAAGAAUGCCAAGAAGGCUACUCCUGUGGCUUCCCAGGUGACCGGAAUCGCAGCGGCCGCCAAAGCCAUCGCAAAAGGCGUGGGCCAUGUGCGAGUCAUCGUGAAAGGCGUGGGACCCGGACGAAUGGCAGCCAUCGAAGGGUUGACCCUUGGUGGUUUGAAGGUCGUCUCCAUCACGGACAAUACCCCCAUCCCACACAAUGGCUGUCGGCCUCGGAAAGCCCGGAGGGUGUGAGAGACCGUGGGGCCGAGGAGAGAUCAGAUGGUACAGAAAGACCCUGUUCCAUGGGGGGGGCUGCACCACAAGAUGGCGCUGCUCUCUGUGCAUGCCUCCAGGCAGUCCUCCAAAGUAGUCCAAACUGUCCAUCGCGCCCCCCCCCCCAAAUCUUCAAAACAAGAGACAUCUAUAAAGUCUGCGUGUGAAAUCGCCUUGCUCUCUGUGUCUCUUUUCUCAUGCUGGCACAUUGAUUGGCUUCAAUUUUUCUUUUUCUUUCCGAGCUGCUGGUUUUCCUCGCCCGAACUCCGGAACGUCGCCUGUUUAUUUGAUUUGUUUAAGCGGCGCGGUAUCGAAAGCCAGUUCUGGUAAAAAAUCAGGAGGGGGUAAGACACCGGUAAUCAUAAAAACAGGCCGACAGAGGCGCUGCCAGGCAAUUUUUUUUCCCCAUGCAUCUGCAGGUGCCAAAGUGAAAGAAGCCACCUUUUCCAUUACAUUAUCCUCACAACUGGCUGGCUGGCAGGCAGGGGUUCAUCUUAUGCUGAGCUAACUAUUGAAGUUUUUGAUACUUUGGAGUCUUCCCUCUUCCCCAGUACGGAUUGGAAUGAUAAAUCGGAGAGGUCUUCACCAUUCCCUUUGUUCCAAAUUAUCUACCUACUUACCCAUCCUACCUACCUGCCUACCUAUCUAUUAUCCAGCUAGCCAUCUGUCAAUCAGCUAUCUGGCUAGCUGUCUGCCUACCUAAUAAAGCUAAUAAUAAUCAU